CGGAGGGGCGGGGCGAGUCGCCGUCCCCGCGGGUCACGCGCGGCCGGAAGUGGCGCCCGCCGCGGAGUGAUCGAAAUGGGCACGUCCCUGGACAUUAAGAUUAAGAGAGCGAACAAGGUGUAUCACGCCGGGGAAGUGCUCUCAGGCGUGGUGGUCAUAUCUGGUAAAGAUUCAAUCCAGCACCAGGGAGUGUCUUUGACAGUGGAAGGAAGCGUGAACCUCCAGCUCAGUGCCAAGAGUGUGGGUGUGUUUGAGGCUUUCUAUAAUUCCGUUAAGCCUAUCCAGAUUAUCAACAGUACCAUCGAAAUGGUGAAGCCAGGCAAGUUUCCCAGUGGCAAGACAGAAAUUCCUUUUGAAUUUCCUCUGCACGUGAAGGGCAACAAAGUUCUGUAUGAGACUUACCACGGCGUGUUCGUCAACAUUCAGUAUACCCUGCGCUGUGACAUGAGGCGGUCUCUGUUGGCCAAGGACUUGACAAAGACCUGCGAAUUCAUCGUUCACUCUGCUCCUCAGAAGGGGAAGCUGACCCCGAGUCCCGUGGACUUCACCAUCACGCCUGAAACCUUGCAGAACGUCAAAGAGAGAGCCUUGCUCCCCAAAUUCCUCAUCCGGGGACAUCUCAACUCUACCAACUGCGUCAUCACGCAGCCGCUGACAGGGGAGCUGGUGGUCGAGAGCUCGGAGGCCGCCAUCAAGAGCAUAGAGCUGCAGCUGGUCCGCGUGGAGACCUGCGGGUGCGCCGAAGGAUACGCCCGAGACGCCACGGAGAUCCAGAACAUCCAGAUCGCCGACGGCGAUGUUUGUCGGGGCCUCUCGGUCCCCAUCCACAUGGUCUUCCCGCGGCUGUUCACCUGCCCCACGCUGGAGACCACCAACUUCAAAGUGGAAUUUGAGGUGAACGUCGUCGUGCUGCUCCACGCGGAUCACCUCAUCACGGAGAACUUCCCGCUGAAGCUCUGCAGGACGUAGCGCGGGCGGGGAGGCCGCGGGAGCCGCAGCCGCGGAGCCGGCCGCGCGGCUCGUGUUCCUGAGGAUUCUGUAUCAGAAACGAACCCGACCCCUCAGAUUACGGCCACUGCUGUCCCUCGUUUCCUUGAGGCGUCUGCGUCCAGGGGGCUCCUCUCGUCAGACCUUUCCUGUAAAGUUCCGCAGGACUUGUCAACCGUUUUUGGCCAGAUCGUGCCGCGGCCAGCAGAAGUCCCUGCCUCCGACCCCCCGGGCCGUUUCAGGGAGCAGUGGAACUGGAACGGCCGCGGGAGCUUGGCCGGGCAGCGGGGUCCUGGGGGCGACAGGGAACCCUCGCCGCCCGAGGUGGCCGAGCCCGCGGCAGCACAGCGGCCUCCGGGCCGCAAACGGUGUUGGCAGGUCCCACCGACGGCCGCAGAGCGAUGGCCGCAGAGCGCAGCCGCUGGAGCCCUGGGGCAUUUUUUCCGCUCUGGUCCGUCGUCCUUUUACAACACGCUUCAUGAUGACUUCAGAACUCGGAGGAACGGGAACACGGCGUCCCUGCUGUCACAGGAGGACCCAGCGGCCGUCCGCACCUGUCGUCGUUGCAUGGCCUGCAUGGCGGGCGGCGGGGCCGGGCAGGAGGUGGAGGCCCGCCCGCACCGGGUGGUGCCGGGAGGAUGCCCGGACCUGCUGCACUGGGCCUGCGCCCCGGCCCCGGGCGCCGAGUGUCAGGUGAAGCCCUGUGGUUCAGUGGAUGCGGAGCCUGCGCAGCCGUUUCUGCGGGGCCACAGCUAACGAGGCGUCGGCUCUGGCGGCCCCGCCUUCCCUGACAGCCCCUGCGCCUGGGCGGGCCCGAGCCAGGCGCCCCCUGGCCCCGCUGGGCCGCCACCAUCCUGGGACAGCGCCCGGUGACGUGUGCCGCCCCCAGCCAACAGACCGACUCGGGCACGGCUCUAUCCCGGGGCCUCGCCCCUGGGACCGAUACAGCUUAUUCACCGAGUCGUUUCCAGUUUGGUUCCCGGAGACUACAUUUCUGGCUUAGGAACCUCCUCUUAGGUUCACAUGACAUUAAUAAUGAUCUGUCUUUGAUGACGUGUUUAGACGUCGGGAACCAAAGAGGCCGUACUUUUCUGGGAGAUUUCAAAGGUAGGAAUCAUUUUUAAUGAAAUAAAAAACACCACCUAAAUGAGAAUUUUGAGAAAAGG